AUGAGCGAUCAGAACCGGCCCCCAACUAGCCGAUCGGGGGUGGGAUCUGGCCCGCGGAGCACCGUCGCGGUCGCGAGGUCGUCGAGUAAUGACUGUUCAAAAAAAGAGGAAGCAAAGUGUUCAAAAAAGAGUAUACAGAUCUUCAUCCACCUCGUCUUCCUUCCUUUGUUUCUACUAGUCAGCCACCGAGCAAUGGCGGCCAAGCGCAAGGGUGGCAACGGCCGGAAGAAGACCGUCCUCCUCCCGAUCGUCAAGAAGAACGCACGGCAUGUGUCCUUCUCAAAGCGCAAGGGUGGGCUGUUCAGCAAGGCCAGCAUGCUGGCCGAGCUCACCGGCGCCCAGGUGGCCGCCGUCGUCUUCUCGCCCGGCGGCAAUGUCUUCUCCUUCGGCCACCCCUCCGUUGACGCCGUCGUCGACCGCUUCAUGGCGGGGGACGGCGCGGAGGUCCAAGCCGCCGCCGCCGACCACAGGCUACAGACGCUGUACCGGCUGCACGGCGUGAUGCGCAAGGAGCUGGCGGAGCGGAACAAGGGGAAGAAGCGGGCGGACGAGGCCCUGGCCCAGCAGCACGCCGCGGGCGACCAGAUUGCCGCGUGGCUCCAACCCGAGGUGCACGACAUGGGGUAUGAGGACAUGGCGGCCUUCGCUGCCACGCUCAUGCAGGUGCAGGCCGCCGUCUCCGGACGCUCCAACCAGGUUCUCAUGGAGGCAUAUCAUCUCGACAUUAAGCGUAAGCUCCAGGUGCCCCCGCCACCGCCGCCGCCGCUCCAGCUCUUCAGUGCCAGUACCUUUGAGGUCGGUAGCAGCAGCAACGACAACGCCGGGAUUGAGAUGCAGCAGAUGCAGAUGGCGAUGCGUCCACCGCCGCCGCCGCUACAGCUCUUCAGUGCCAGUACCUUUGAGCUCGGUAGCAGCAGCAACGCCAACGCCGGGAUUGAGAUGCAGCAGAUGCAGAUGGCGAUGCGUCCACCGCCGCCGCAGAUGCACCAGAUGUUUAUGGCGAUGCAGCCGCAGCCAGGUUUCGCCGCUGAGCAGAUGCUGCCACCGGUGCCAGAGUCAACCGCCGUUAUGGAGAUGGUGCAUCAGGGUUUCGGGCCGAACGCCGGCUACCCCUACUGA